GGAGGAAGCUUACAUAGCGGGGCUGUUAAUGGAAGCGGCUAGGGCUUGACGUCAUUUCCUGUAUAUGGUUCGCAAUUGUUGUGCUUUAUUGUGUCCGUGACCGAGGGGCUAGCGCUCUCCGCUGCUACAGAGAUAUAGCCAAUAGAGACGCUUCGAGUGACAAAGGAUCGACGUUCUGAUUGGGCGUCAUGUUUCACUUUAUGAGAGACACCGAGCCACAAGACCCGGCCAUGUUCCUCAUGGACCCGUUCGCUCUGCAUCGCCAGCACAUGCGCCACAUGUUCUCCGGGGACUACGGCGUGUCCCCCUUCCUGAGCCUCACCGACGGCAGUGUCAGGGGGCUUCCCCGGCCCGCCCCCUCGCGCACAAUACAGCAAGGUGCGGUUACCCCUUAUGGCAUGAUGGGAAUGGGCGGCGGAUUUAUGGACAUGUUUGGGAUGAUGAACGACCUUGUGGGUAAUAUGGAGCAAAUGACAUCUGGAUCAAACUGCCAGACCUUCUCUUCUUCCACGGUUAUCUCAUAUUCCAACAUGCCAGGGGGCAACACCCCCAAAGUGUAUCAGGAGACCACACAGACUCGCAUGGCGCCAGGGGGGAUUCGCGAGACACGGCGCGCAGUACGGGACUCCAACAGCGGCAUGGAGCAAAUGAGCAUCGGCCAUCACAUCAGAGACCGAUCCCACAUUGUGCAGCGCUCACACAACCGACGUACAGGAGACCAGGAAGAGAGGCAAGAGUUCAUCAACAUGGAUGAAAAUGAUGCUGCUAGUUUUGAUGAAGAAUGGAGCCGGCAGACGACCCGUUACAGAGGGCAGCGAGGAGUGGCUUACAGGAGACAGGGGGCUGCAGAAGAUCAGCUCGCUAUCCAGGGACCAGAAGAUAACACUGCCAGGCCAUCCCGCCGCUACGACUGGUGAAACUUUUGAGAUCUGCACAUUUGGACUCAACAGAUGGAGCAAGAAAACUCAGAAUGUUCUGAAUAUUCCCAAAGGAAUAAAUCCCCCCUCCCCAUGCCACUAUUCCGCCACACCUCACUCCUUACCUUCCAUACCCCGUUCCUCCCUCCCCAUUGUCCCCCAAACUACCUCCAAUACUCAUCUUUAAACCCCCCUCCUUUUUCGCUUUUAAUACCACCCUUCGUUGGUUGGUCACCCCUCGCCGUCCUGAUGCUUCCCCCACUUCUACCUCUCGUUCCCAGUCUUUCCAGUGACUUUCCAUUCCAGCAAAUUUUAUAUAAUUUUGCCAGCAGUAAUGUAUUCUAAACAAUAGGGGAGGUUCAGUAGAGAGGGUGUGACCAAGAGAUGGCGCUGUUUUUGUGGGGGGGAGGGGGGGGUUGCAGGGAAUGACACUGAUGCUGUGCAGGAAGGGGAGGAGUCAGAAAGGAAGAAUAGCAGACUGUGCAUGAAUAGCAUAAGGAAUGACCCCCGGCCGACAGAUGUUCUGCAGCAAGCAGAGACCUACUCAUUGCAAUGAAGGAAUUAUCCUGUGGGUGCUGAAGGAUUGACGGCAUAAAUGCUCCGAAGGGCAGAGGGGGGUGACAGGCUCUGCAGAGUGGGGGAAAUACGCUCUGCAUUAAAGGUUAAAUGACACACUUGCACACAUGGUGGGAGAGCAGCUGUGAGGGUUUGGAGGGCAGGGUGGGAGACUGGAGCCGUACAUCUGAUAAUGCGUAGGGAUUGUAGUAUAGUAUAGGGUUUUUGUUUAAUUUUUUGCAAUGUUUAUUAUUAACUGUUCAGUUAAAUUAAUAAAGGAGAAGGUGUCACACCGUGCGCCUCCUGUC